AUGGCUGGGCUGGAGACUUACCCCGAGCUUCCCGAUUUGCGCAGCAUUCGGGUCAUCAAGCUUCAUGGCGCCACUAACCCCAGUGACGAUAUUCGAUUCGACCUCAUCACCGUGUCUCUCGAUGCACCGCUGCCGUAUGAGGCGAUCUCAUACACAUGGUCUGGGCAACCCCUCGACCGACCCGUCUACGCUAAUGGCAGAGAGUAUCUCGUCACUCGAAAUGCGGAGGACGUCAUGAGGAGACUACGCUCAAACAAGCCUGAGCAUUCCCGCAAUCUGUGGAUUGAUGCCAUCUGCAUUAACCAGAAAGAUGACAGAGAAAAGGCAGUGGAGGUACAGCUAAUGUAUGAGAUUUAUGCAAAUGCAGAGCGUGUCAAUAUUUGGCUUGGCCAAGGAUCCGAAUCAACUGCUCUCGCCCUCAAAUGGCUGAGGUGGUACAGCUGGACGUUUUCGCCAGUCUGGAAAGCCCAGGGGAAAUGUGCGGGGGCUAUUACAUCUGCAGGUUCAAUCUUUAUAAGGCUGCUUUUGGGCAUAGCCGUAAUAUGCAUGUCAUGUGUCUGCGCAUGUAUCAUGCUGCUUGUUGGGGCCGUAGUCUUGUUUCCUUUUGGGUUGUUACCCAUCUUCAAAAGCUAUAAAAAGCAAUUCCGAGAUGGCUUGGCUGACUUGGCGUCCAUGGAAUACUGGGAGAGGGCUUGGACAGUUCAAGAAGCAAACGCCAACGAAAUGUGCUUCAUUCUAUGCGGGUCGUCUGUGCCGCUUCGGCUUGAUCUAUUUUACAUGAGCCAUUAUAUGAUCCCGCCGAUAUAUAUCUUCAGCCUCCUUAACAACAGCAAACUCAACCAGCGCUAUAGCCUGCACAUACUAGACAUAUUUCACACCCAUGUACAGGCGGAGGUUGGCACCCAGAUCUUUGACGUUCUUUGUAAGACAAAGGCAACGAUAGCCAAAGAUAAGCUGUUUGCCAUAAGGGCCAUGUUUCCUGAUAGUCUGGGUGAAUUGACUAUCGACUAUUCAGUAUCUGACAGCGAUAUUUAUACUGAGGCCGCCCGUAUCGUUCUCGAGGAGACCCAGAACGUCGAGUUCUUUAGAUAUGCUUGCCAACCUGGUCGAGAGGACAGGUUUCCCAGUUGGGUACCUUCAUGGUCGGCGCUUAUCGACAUUCCAGACUGGAUCUGUAAAUUUACGCCGGCGACAAUUUCCCAAGAGGCUGUUAUAAUAGAGGAUGAUGAUAUGAAAGUGCUCAAGUUGAAGGGACGGCGGGUUGAUAAAGUUGCGUCUGCUGUCAGUGAGCGGUUCCCAAGUGUAGCACCCCUGCAGGUCCCCUGGUCACGCUCGUUGGAUCUCAAUGUUGCGCGCGAGGCCUUUGUGGUGUUUAGGGAAUGGGUACAUUCAACUGGUGCAGCAGACAACCAGGAUCCCUGCAUGCAUCAACUGGCAUGGAUGAUAUCUCAAAUGAUCAAUCUGGAUGUCAAUGAUGUUCUGGCUUGGUUUCAAUUAACAUGGUCCGAAGACAAUUUUGGCAUGGAGAAGCUGUGGGAAUACGGGCUGCAUGGAGGAGAAGUCUGCGAUUGUCGGAAAUUCACCGUGAAUUUCCUGCAAAUGGUCAGUGGCAGGUCACUUUUCAUGACGGAAACAGGAAGGGUCGGGAUGUCAACUUUGGUCAUACGUCCGGGAGACGAGAUUGCGCUGCUUACAGGCGAAAAGCUGCCAUAUGUUAUCCGCAAAAAACUCGACCGUCCAGACAAAUACUCGUUGGUAGCACCGUGUUGGCUGAGUGGCGCCCUCAUGGGUGAGGAGUGGCCUGGUUGGAAUGGGCAGCUGGAGGACUUAGAAGACAUUGAACUGGUUUGA